GGCAAGGGAAGUGAGAGUUUUGCUGAGGUGCUGCUGCUUUUCCAGACGGCGGCUGGUGUGCCGCUCUGAAAGGGGCGGAAUCCUUUCCGAGCAGCUGAGCUGUGAUUUGCUGAAUUCGCAGACUUUUCCCCUUAAAAUCCCAACCCUCUUUUUUUUUUUUCUCUCUCUCUCUUUUCUUUCCCCCGCUUUUUUUUUUUUUUUUUUUCCUUUUUCUGAGAAGUCGACUCGCAGCUCCUCAGGGCGCACCUCGGCUGCCGUGUCUGCCCACAGCACCAUGAGCGUGGAGGCGGACGAGUCCAGGGAAGUGGCCACCGAUGUCUUCAAUUCCAAAAGUUUGGCCAUUCAGGCCCAGAAGAAGAUCCUUGGAAAAAUGGUAUCCAAAUCAAUUGCAACUACUUUGAUAGAUGAUACAAGCAGUGAUGUUUUAGAUGAGCUCUACAGAGUGACAAAGGAAUACACACAAAAUAAAAAGGAAGCAGAGAAGAUCAUUAAAAACCUCAUUAAAAUAGUCCUCAAGUUGGCAAUUCUCUACAGGAACAACCAAUUUAAUCAAGAUGAAAUAGCAUUGAUGGAGAAAUUCAAGAAGAAAGUUCAUCAGCUGGCUAAGACCGUGGUCAGUUUCCAUCAGGUGGAUUAUACCUUUGACAGGAAUUUUUUAUCCAAACUGUUAAAUGACUGUAGAGAGCUACUUCACCAGAUCAUUCAGCGUCACCUAACUGCAAAGUCACAUGGACGGGUCAACAAUGUGUUUGAUCACUUCUCUGAUUGUGAAUUUUUGGCUGCCUUGUACAAUCCCUUUGGACCUUAUAAACUCCAUUUGCAGAAACUUUGUGAUGGUGUCAACAAAAUGCUAGAUGAGGGGAACAUAUAAGUACCUGUAUAAAAGUUGACUGCCUAUGCAUUAUUUGUAGAUGGAACACUGUUGAUUUAUGAAGGAAUAAGGGAGCAUGCAAAAGGUGGUUUUUUGCUCGUUUUGGGGAUUUUUUAUAUAUAUAUAUAUUUUGACAAAUAUUUCAGAACGAUCUUUAUUAAACUGAUUCCUUGUUAUGAGCUGUCUAUUGCUAUUUGCAGUCCAUAUAGAAGAAAGACAGCACGUGACAUUGUUUCACUGUGCUUUGCCCACAAAAACAGCUGGAUAAAGACAAUAGAACAGAAGGGUCCAAGUAGAGUAAGAGUCUUGCAAGACAGAUAUGCAAAACAAAAUGAUAAGCUGUCAGACAAUCCAAAUCUUUUAUAUUUUCAGAAAUAUAAGUGAUCAGAGUCCAGGAAUGCUGGUAAAUAAUUAACAUGGUGAUGGUAGUCUAUCAUUUCUUCAGCUUAUUUGUAAAAUAAAUAUGUGAUUCAUUUAUAGUCUUUUAUAAGCACUGCACAGAUCACAGCUUCCUAGUGUUGACCUUAUGAAACAUUCAGUUUUACAUAAUAUCUGUGAUGCUGUCACAUAAAGUCUGAACUGGUUUGUUCAUCUCCAGCUCAGUGGUGAAAAAUAUGUCUGAAAGGCUACUAAGUGAUCCUUACAGACCUACACAGAUGCCUUGUUUCCUUUAAUUAUGUCAGAAACAAUAAGCUACAGUAAAAUUGCCUAAUUGGAAAAAAAGUACUCCCUAGACAACACCUGUGGUACGUGAUUUUAACUCUACGUACAAAAUUGUAAGGUAAAACACAGUGACUUGUGCAAUUCCUUAAGAUUUCUAGAACCCUGCUAAUAAGUCAUAAUUAUUUUUGCAAAGGUGUGGGUCAGCUUAUUUUACACAUUAGGGGGAUAUGAAUUCAGAAAGCUUAAGCAUCUGAAAAUAAAUUCCAAGCCAGUUUGCUUUUUGUACAAUGUAUCUAGAAAACAAAUUAAUUUGGGGUAUAUGCUAUUUAACUAAUGGAAAAGUGACAUCUUGAAUCAAUUUGUUCUCUUCUCCCCUCCUACCUUUCAUUCUUUUUUCUCCCUCAUCUUCUCCCUGCCUUGCCCUUGGGGAAAAGAAAAAUGUGACUUUCUAGACACUGUAAUGUACUUAAAAGCAUGAAGUUAAUACAUUUCAAACACCUGAAGACUUUUUAUUAGGAAGCAUAUAAAGAAUGUGUAGUUUAUUUAAUUACCAGUGUUUUUGCUGUUUGCUGUGUCUUUUUUUUGUUGUUGUUGUUAUGAGUAAACCAAAGAAUAUUUGCACUCUGAA